ACAUUAAAUAAAUCAAACUUGAUAAGUAAUGCUUCCAGUGAUCAAUAAUGAUAUUGUUGUCAAUAAGGAACUUUCGGUCACCGAGGAUAGCGCUUGCCUCGAGAUGGCACAGGAUUUUGAGUCUAAUAAAACAUUAGUAACGCGCGUCUGCAGAAAUCCGGAAUUUUGCAAUACAAAUGUCUGCUUCAGAAGAUGUUGCACUGAAUAUGAGUUUGUUCAUCAGUUAUCCAAUUUUACCAGAGAGGUAAAAUGCAAACCUAUUAUAUUUGAUGAAGUUUAUACUACCAGAUUAAUGGAGUUUCACAAGGUUCUUGCAAAAGCCAAUCAAACUUCAACCGCUUUCGACACGAUUAACGACUACGGAAUCUUGAUCGGACUUCCAUGUAAGAAAAUGGGUCGUGUAAUUGUAAAAUGGUCAUUAACUUCGGAAGGACCUAUCUUAGCAGAAAAGUUUAAAAUACAGAACAAAUAUUGCAUGAACUUUUCCGAAUCACAAAUCAAUGACAGUUUAUUAGAUUUAUUUAUAUGUACAGACAUCUUAUUAAAAUAUGGCAUCUUACGAAAUAUGGAAAAUGAAUUGCAUUUCUCGGUCAACGCUGACAGGUGGCCUGCUCUGCACUUCAUCAGCUGUGUCUGCCUGUUAAUGACUUUACUAGUGUACGCAUAUUUGCCGAAUCUUCAGAAUCUUCACGGUAAAAUACUCAUGUGUUAUAUGAUCUGCGAUCUUUUGACUUUUACCUGCGUAUACGUCUGCGAGUUGACUUUUGGUCUGGCAAUUGAAGAAGAUACAAUAGCACGCAAAGCUUUAGGUUUGUACAUGGGCGUUUUAAUAUUUGUAACUUUACGUGUCAAUAUUACUACAAAAACAUUUACAAAUCGGAAAAAGUUUAUAUUAUACUCUUUAUAUGCUUGGAGCUUCAGUUUUCUAAUAUUAAUCCCUGCUAUUAUUAUUGAGAAUAUGAACAAUUCACCAGAUUACUUGUACUUGAAUGUUGAUAUAUAUAUGCCUACAUAUGCAUUUCCGUUGUACGGCAUCUUAAUUUUUAAUGGACCGAAAUUUAUAAUGUUAAUAUCCAACAUAGUGUUUUUUAUUCUUACAACAAAAUAUUAUAAUAAAGUGAAAGUGGAGAUGAAACGAAUAACUAUGGAUUCCAUGAAUCCUAGAAUCAAACAAUUUUAUUUUGAGCGCAAAACUUACUUCUUGGCUUUUAUUCUUUUAUUUUUACUAAACUUUUACAAAAGCUUUAAAUUCAUACUAUUUUUCGAUAGAUUUGUGAGCAUCAAACUGUUCAUUGUUAUGGGAAUAUUCUGGAGCUGCGAAAACGUAUUGUUCUACAUAAAAUUCGAUUUAGUCAAAAAAUCAAGUUCAGAUAAAAGCUUUGCUUACUGGGUAAUAGAUAUGUUGACCAAUGUUUUCUACGUUGUCAAUGCUUUUCAAGGUUUAUAUAUUUUUAUUAUCUUUGUUAUGAAAAAACGCGUGUACCAAGCGCUUCGUACUCGAUUGGGAUUAUAAAUAUCAAGAAGAAAUCACACUUUUAGAGUCAAGCUAGAAGAGCAGCAUAUUAAUAACAACGUUUUGUUUAAUUUAACAUAAAUAAGAUGAGAUUAUUUAGUUUAAAUUUAGUCUAUAUUAUAAAUAUA